GAGGCAUGUUCAUCCCCGAGGUGGUGGCGUGAAAACUAUAGACGACCUCGUGGAGGAAGUUGGUCCAACAUUCUUUCAUUUGAUAAAUUUUUCUCCAGCUCUAAGGAAAUGAAGGACAGUGUCGUGAUAUCUGGUAUCGCCGGCCGUCUACCGGAAUCUAACAACAUCGAAGAUUUUAGCAGCAAGCUAUAUGCGGGCGUGGACUUCAUCACUGACGAUGGCAGAAGGUGGACUCCUGGUAUUUAUGGUGUUGUAAAUAGAAUGGGAAAAAUUAAGAAUCUAACGCAUUUCGACGCAGAAUUUUUCGGUAUAAGUCCCCAAGUAUCUCACAGCAUGAGUCCUGAUCAGCGCCUCAUGCUAGAAGCCACCUUCGAAGCGAUAGUGGAUGCGGGAGUCAACCCGGGAGAAGUCCGUGGAUCGAGAACCGGAGUGUUCAUCGGUUACAGCACGGCUGAGUCGGACGAGCUGUGUCAAACUUUCCUGGAGGAAGUCAACAAGGACACACUCUGGUCAUCCAGCCCGGGAAUCAUCGCCAACAAGAUUUCCUAUUACUUCGAUUUCAAAGGCCCGAGCUACUCCGUGGACACGGCGUGCUCGUCCAGCGUGUUCGCGAUGCAGAACGCCUUCAGCGCCAUCCGGGCGGGCCACUGCGACGCCGCGGUCGUGGCCGCCAUCAACGUGUGCCUGCGGCCGGAGUACACCCUGCAGUUCCAGCACAUGAACAUGCUCAGCCCGAGCGGCAAGUGCAAGGUGUUCGACGCGUCGUGUGACGGCUACGUUCGCGGCGAAUCAGUGGUGGCAUGUUAUAUCCAGAAGAGAUCUGAAGCCAGGCGUCUGUACGCUACCAUAAUAAACACGAUGACCAACUGUGACGGGUACAAGGUCGAAGGAAUCACUUUUCCUUCUGGGAAAAUGCAAAGAAACCUCAUCCAUCAAGUUUACACGACGGCAAAUGUUGAUCCAACGGAUGUUUCUUAUGUCGAAGCUCAUGGAACUGGCACACAAGCUGGAGAUCCAGAGGAGACCAACACCAUAGCGGAUUAUUUCUGCAGGGGCCGCACAAAGCCCCUGCUGAUCGGUUCUAUCAAGUCCAACAUUGGCCACUCUGAGCCCUCGUCCGGCAUGUGUGCUCUCGUGAAGUUGCUGCUGGCCAUGGAGACCUCUGUGAUACCGCCGAACCUCCACUUCAAAGAACCCAACCCUCAGAUCCCGGCGCUGCUGGACGGACGUCUGAAGGUUGUUGACAAGCCAACCGCCUGGGACGGAGGGAUGGUGGCCUUGAACUCUUUCGGGUUCGGGGGCAGCAACUCGCACAUGCUCCUCAACUGGAACUGCAAGUCCAAGUCCCCAUCAGUCCGAGACAACAUGCCGCGUCUCGUUGUGUUCUCAGGGCGCACCGAAGAAGGAGUGACUAGAGCAUUGGAGAAAAUUGAAAAAAUGCCAUUAGACGACGAGCUUAACAGUUUGCUUCACAACGUGCACAAGAGAAAUAUUGCCGGUCACAGCUAUAGAGGAUACACAGUGCUCGGCAGUAGCAACUCUGUACGAGAAAUAAAGAUUUGUAACGGCAAGAAGAGACCCGUAUGUUUACUGUUCUCCGGAUUGGACGCGCAGUGGCCCAGCAUGGCCAAGGACAUGAUGCAGCUCCCUGUGUUUCGGAACAGCAUUCAGAAAUGCGCCGAGGCCUUGAAAACUCAAGGAGUCGAUUUAUACAACGUAGUUGCCAAUGGUUCCGAAGAAACGUUGAGAAACGUGGUCAGUGCUUUCAUCGGAAUCGUUGCUGUACAGAUCGCACUCGUAGACGUCCUGAGAUUGCUUGGCAUCACUUUCGACAGCAUCGUGGGCUGCUCCGUAGGAGAAAUAACUUCUGCUUAUGCCGACGGUUCCCUCUCAGCUGAACAAACCAUUCUCACAGCUUUCUUCGCAGGAAAGGCGAUUUGCGAUGCCAAGCUCCCUCCAGGAGCCAUGAUUGAUGUGGAGCUCUCAGCUGAGGAAGUUAUGAAGAGGUUGCCACCAAAAAUCAGUGUGGCGUGUGAUUAUGGCAAUAACCAUAUAUUAUUAUCGGGACCACAAAAUGAAAUAAGGAAUUUUAAAACACGGCUGGAAAAAGAUGGUAUUCGUGCUACUGAAAUUGAAUCCUUUGGUGUCUCUCUCCACAGCCAACAAAUGAAUGCAGUGUCUUCAUUGCUGACCAAGUAUCUACAAAAGGUGUUGCCUCACCCCGACCCCAACUCCUCCGUCCCGGCGGCCAGACGGGACUCGCCGGCCGCUCGCCUCGCCAGCGGCCUGGCCUCCCCGCUGCUGGUCCGGGAAGCCGCGGAGCGCAUCCCAGGCGACUCGGUGGUCGUCCAGGUGCCGGCGCCCGGCUUCUCCGAGAGCAUUCUCAGCCGGUCCCUGCCGGAGACUUGCACAGUCAUCGGGCUCAUGACUAGAAACGACCAGAAUAACCUAGUCAAUCUCUUCUCCAGUUUUGGCAGGAUGUUCAACGCGGGGCUGCAGCCGGACCUCGCCCCGUUCCACCCGGCGGUCACCUACCCCGUGUCCCGGGGGACCCCAAUGAUCGCCCCCCUGGUGGACUGGGACCACUCGGAGGAGUGGACCGUCUUCUCGUUCGACAAGAUUCGAUUGCGGACAGGAGAACGUGUUUUCGAAAUAGACCUUAAGAACGAGGAAGUUGAAUACCUGUUUGGCCACACGAUCGAUGGUCGCGUGCUGUUCCCAGCUACUGGAUACCUGGAACUCGUGUGGAAGACGUUCGGCGCCAUGAAACGGCACGACCGGUACCAGAACCACCCGGUGGUGUUCGAGAACGUGCAGUUCCGGCGCGCCACCAUCAUGUCCAAGGAAGGGCCCGUCAAGUUCCUGGUCACCAUCUUCGACGGCACCGGGGACUUCGAGGUGUGCGUCUCCGGCUCGCUGGCGGUGUCGGGCCGCGUGUACGCCCCCGAUGACGUGGACCGGGAGAUGCUGGACCCCUCCUUACCGUGCGCCGAGGUCUCCCGGGAGGGCGACCACCUGCCCCUCUCCGGCGCGGACGUGUACAAGGACCUGCGGCUGAGGGGCUACGACUACGGAGGACUCUUCAGAGGGAUCGUGUCCGCAGACAACCAAUGCCUGUCCGGGGAGCUGACCUGGCGCGAGAACUGGGUGACCUUCAUGGACACCAUGCUGCAGUUCUCGAUGCUGCGGAGGAACACCAAGGAGCUGUACCUGCCCACGAUGGUGGAGAGGGUCGUCGUGAACCCGCGCGGGCAGGACUCGCUCGUGGACGGGGCCGCCACCGCGGUGCGGGUGUACCCGGACAUCGGGCUCGUCAAGGCCGGCGGGGUGGAGAUCUACGGCCUGAGGGCAAGCCUGGUGUCCAAGAGGCACCAGACGCACGCGGAGCCCAUCCUCGAGAAGUACAGCUUCGCCGCAUACGUCGACGACGACGAUGACGGACCAGAGAUAUUGUUGAAGCAAAACAACGAGGAUGCUUUGUCUGUAACCGUGCAGAUUGUUCUUGAAAACCUCCACAAUGUCACAAAAGUAAAUGUCGUGGAGUUGGUCAGCACCAAACCGACAAACAAUUUGUUGGCGCCCAAUGUUUUGAAAAUUUUGGAAUCCGAGCCGAUGAUACAGGUGUCGUACACCGUAGCUUCUCCGUACCCAGAAGAAUACUCCAAAGACGACUCUUACAAGGACCUUGCUGCGAAGUUUGUACAUUCCAAUUCCAUUCUUUCAUCUCUGGAGGACAAAACGGUGCAUCUAGUUAUAGCAAGGAACACGCCGGCACACACGGCAGAGAUACGGGACAGGCUCCCGCAGAUUGUGUACCGCGGCGCGUUCGUUCUUCUGGAAGAGGACGUGUCGCUUCGCGCACACGGGGCGAACCACGGGGAACUUGACGUUCUUGCGUCGCAGCGCGGACAAGAUCAAGCUUAUGUGCUGCUGCGAAAGUCUAAAGGACUCGAAAAUCCCAUAGUGAUCACCAUGACGGACGACAACUUCAAGUGGCUGGGGAAACUGAAAACUGGGUUGAAGCAAGCCGAACAAUCGGAAGGCUGCAGGGUCCUGUUAGUGUGUCAGCGGGAGAAGAUGAGCGGCAUCAUUGGAUUGGUCAACUGCAUCAGGCAGGAGCCGGGCGGCCACAAUAUCAGGUGUUUCUUUCUGCAAGAUGCAAAUGCACCAUUAUUUGCACACAACAAUUCAUUUUAUGAGUCUCAGAUCAGGAAGGACUUAGUAAUGAAUGUGUACAAAAACGGACAAUGGGGGUGUUACCGGCAUUUUAGAAUCGACUCCUGUCAAGAUCAAUCGGUUUCUGAACUGGAGCACGCCUACAUCAACACGCUGAACCGAGGGGACCUGGCCAGCCUGCGGUGGAUCGAGGGCCCCCUGAGCCUCUACUCCCCCGCCAACCACCCCGACAAGCUGCUGUGCAGCGUGUACUACGCGCCCUUGAACUUCAAGGACGUCAUGCUGGCCACGGGGAAGCUGCCGUCGGACGCGCCCCCCGUCGGCCUGGCGAGCCAGGACUGCAUCCUCGGGCUGGAGUUCUCCGGGCGGGACACGACCGGCCGCCGGCUCAUGGGCCUGGUCGCCGCCUGCGGGCUGGCCACCACGGUGCUGGCAGACCCCGGCUUCAUGUGGGAGGUUCCCGACUCGUGGAGUCUGGAGGAGGCCGCCACCGUCCCGGCGGUCUACGCCACCAGCUACUACGCCCUCGUGGUGCGCGGCCGCAUGCAGCCCGGGGAGUCGCUCCUGGUGCACGCGGGGUCGGGCGGCGUGGGGCAGGCCGCCAUAUCCAUCGCCCUGGACGCCGGCCUCACCGUCUACACCACGGUGGGCAGCGCGGAGAAGCGGAGCUUCCUCAAGCGCAGGUUCCCGCAGCUCACCGACCGGCACAUCUUCAACUCGAGGGACGUGUCGUUCGAGAAGCACGUCAUGCACGAGACCCAGGGGCGGGGCGUGGACCUCGUGCUCAACUCGCUGGCCGAGGACAAGCUGCUGGCGUCCGUGCGCUGCCUGGCCAACCACGGCCGCUUCCUCGAGAUCGGCAAAUUCGAUCUCACCAACAACAGCAUUUUAGGACUGUCUGCAUUUUCGGGAAACAGAUCGUUCCACGGGGUCUUCCUGGAUGCUCUCUUCGAGAAAAACAGUGUCGAAAAGAGAACGAUUGUUCGGCUGGUCAGCGAAGGAAUGAAAUCCGGGGCCGUCGUACCCCUCCCAACAACUGUGUUUGCUGAAAAUGAAGUUGAAAAAGCAUUCAGGUUUAUAGCAACCGGUAAGCAUAUUGGGAAAGUGAUGCUCAAAAUACGAAACGAAGAACCCGAUAAAACUGUUCCGCCUCCUGCGAAACUCGUCCCGGCCAUUCUGAGGACGUACAUGGACCCCCGGAAGGUGUACGUGGUGAUUGGCGGCCUGGGAGGCAUAGGUCUGCAGCUGGCCAACUGGCUCGUCCUCCGCGGGGCCACCAAGAUCGUGCUGACCUCCAGGAGCGGAGUGAGGACCGGCUACCAGUCCCUGUGCGUGAGGCGCUGGAAGGAGCAAGGCAUAACCGUCCUGGUGCUGUCCGUCGACUGCUCCACGAACGAAGCGACGCUCCAGCUCCUGAAGGAAGCCGGGAAGCUGGGGGACGUGGGGGGCAUCUUCAAUCUCGCUGCGGUCCUCAAAGACGGGCUGCUGGAGAACCAGACCGAGGCGGACUUCAGAGCCGUGCUCCGGUCCAAAGUGAACGUGACCAAGAACUUUGACGCGUUGUCGAGGGCCCUCUGUCCCGAUCUGGACUACUUCGUGGUUUUCUCGUCGGUGUCGUGUGGCCGCGGGAACCCGGGACAGUCGAACUACGGGCUGGCGAACUCCGUAAUGGAGAGAAUCUGCGAAGAGAGGCGGUCGGUAGGGCUUCCCGCCCUGGCUGUUCAGUGGGGGGCCGUCGGCGAAGUUGGGUUGGUGGCGGAGACGAUGUCGGAUAAAAUUUCCAUUCGAGGAACUCUCCCUCAGAGAAUAUCCUCCUGUCUCCACACCUUGGACGCGUUCCUGCGGCAGUCGCACCCGGUCGUUUCCUCGAUAGUUUUGGCGGAGAAGAAACAGGACUCUGGUCAAGCUGGAUUGCUGGAUGCAGUGUCAAACAUACUAGGCAUUAAGGAUUUGAAGAAAGUAAAUUUCCAAGCAACUCUUGCGGAUCUCGGCAUGGAUUCGUUGAUGUCGGCGGAAAUAAAACAGGUUCUCGAGAGGAAUCACAGCAUCAUUCUCAGCCCUGAGGAGAUCAGAAAACUGACGUUUGACGACCUGUCUCUGAAAGAUAGUAACGAAAUUAAGUCCAGCACCGAACUUCCUUCAGAUAUUAUGCAGGAGGACAUCGAGUGGCUACGGAUGCCGACGGAGGUGCUGGUGAGGCUACCCUCGAAGGUCGCAGAGGGCGCGCAUCUGCCCUUGUACCUGGUGCACCCCAUAGAGGGCGUGGUCACGUGCCUGGAGCCGCUCGCGGCGGAACUGCCCCUCCCCGUGUGGGGGCUUCAGUGCACUCCCGAGGCACCGCUGGACUCCGUGCGGCAGCUGGCCGCCUUCUACGUGAAGCACGUGAAAGAAGUCCAUCCGGGAGGUCACUACAACGUGGGGGGGUACUCGUUCGGAGCGACGGUCGCCUUCGAGAUGGCGCUCCAGCUGGAGGAGAUGGGGGAGGAGGUGUCCUUGUUCCUGAUCGACGGCUCGCCCUCGUGGCUGGCGAUGUACCUGGAGAGCCUGAGGCCCGCGGGGGAGACCCCCGACAGCAACCGGGAGGAGACCGCCGCGCUGGCGUACUUCGUGACCAAGUUCAUGGACCUCGACUUCCACGAGGUUCAAACAAGUCUCAGUGCUGCCUCGAACCUGGAAGAGCGACUCUCGCUACUGGGAAAGAUAUUGGGUGGCAUGACGGAGUGCCCUUCGGAACAGGUCGUGGCUGCUGCAAACUCAUUCUACAAGAAAAUGCUUAUGGCAUAUAAUUACAAGCCUCAAGAAAAGUUAAAGGGCGACGUAACUCUCUUCCGAACGACAACUAAAACGCUUAAUCUAGGACAUGAUUAUGAUCUUUCCAAGAUUUGUAACUCAAGAGUUAAUGUGUACACGUUGGAGAGCGACCACAAGAAUAUUCUUCAAGCAAACUGUAUCAAGGAAAUAGCUCCGGUGGUUAGUUCAUCUACUUCGUCAGAUUACUUGAAGAGUUGGCGCGCGUAGUACCAGAUGCGGAAGAAGUACUCGUCGCGCCUCAGCAGGCAGCCCCGCGCGUAGGAGCGGAUGUCGGCGUCCAUGUUCGCCUCGCGCAUCCACGACGUGGUCGUCUCCGUGCUGAAGCUCAGCGUCGGGGCCGUCGUGUCCAGCUUAUCCAUCUCCACCAGCUCCAUCUCUGCACGCAACACGUUCAAAUUGAGUUGACUGAAGGUUUUUAAGGGGGUGCUUCCCAUUUCAGGUUAAGAUUUUAUAUUUACAGUAAUCACAGAUAAACUUGUAGACUUUUUCAAUUGUUUAACUUUCACGAAAUGAAAAAUAUAUACAGCGCAUACUUUUUGCAUAAUUAGCUGCCAAAGUUACAUUUUUAACGUUUUCGGGUUGUACAAACAAGGAGAAUUUAAUUUAUUGAAAAAAUGAAACUUUUUAGGUUUAGCUACAAUGCCACUGGCUACUUCAAGAAAUGGUUUGAAUUUCUUUCAGAAAAUAUUAAUUAAUUUUAUCUGGCAUUUCAAAAUUCUCAAAUUUGUUACGAUUUUGACAGCCAAGAAACAUGAAAUGAGUCUUUUUUAUAUUUUUCAUUUCGUGGAAGUUAAACAAUUGAAAAUGUCUAAAAGUUGAUCAGUGAUUAAUAUAAAUAUAAAAUCAUGACCUGAAAUGGGAGGCACACCCUUAAGUCUCGUAGACUUGCAGGAGGGGGUUUCGGGUCCAUCAGAGCCAAGGAGCAAAAUUAAAUGGUGUAUUUUGAGAUAAAAUUAAAACACCUCAAUACAACAAAAAUAACACUGAAAUGUAAGUUAUGCACCAUCAGCACCAAAACCCAACUAAAAACAUGAAAAAUUACCAACAAUUUGAAAAAAAAUUAAAUUUAAAACAUUAUAUAUUUAAUAAGGAUCUUUAAUGUGUGUAAAUAUUUUUGAACGUGCAGAAGAUGUGCAAGAAAAAGAAAUCCCUUACUAAGUGUGGCUCAAAACAUUAUUUUUGAGAAUGCUAUUACCAAUUUUCAUUGGAAUACCUUUCUUUUUAUUUAUUGGUAGGGUUCUUAAAACACAAAGUACAGCGAAAGGUCUUUAUUCUGGUAUUCUAUUGUUCGGACAUUCUGUAAUCCACGCACUUUCAGAUUUUUCGGUGGAUCUUGGCUGCUGACCUUGGUUGCUGGUAUGGGUCUGCAUGACCUCGAAAAUAUUUUGAUAUUUGACUCAACAUUUCAAAUUGAAUAAUUUAUUUAUUUUAAUUACUUGUCACCAAUAGAUACGCCUACGGAAUGUUGGCAACAUUCACAAAAAAAAUUAUUGAAAAACAUGUACCUAACUUGUAUGUGCCUCACAGAUUGUUUAUUAAAAAAUUUAGAUUUAUACUGCAA